CUCGGUUGGAGAUGAGGCCGUCGGAUAAAUUACGCCCCCAAUCGAACGGCAAAAUCGUGCUUCGAAAAUUUCCUCUUAUCUAAAUUUCUUAUCUUCGUCUCCGGUCGAUCUGCUUCUCAACCAACCGCCGUCUCCGCCACCGCCACCGUCACCACCAGAAUGGCGACUGCAAUUACAGGUGCUAGGGUGUCUUGUCCGCCAGUGUUGACUCAAGCAGCUGUCCGCCGCCGCCAGAGACCGUCUGCUUCAGUCGUCCGAAUGACUUUGGUUGAGGAGAAGAAGAAAGCAUACACUCUCCAGAAAUCGGAAGAGGCUUUCAACGCCGCCAAGGAAUUGAUGCCGGGAGGUGUAAAUUCCCCAGUCCGUGCCUUCAAAUCCGUUGGUGGCCAGCCAAUUGUGAUUGAUUCUGUCAAGGGUUCUCAUAUGUGGGAUAUUGAUGGCAACGAGUACAUCGACUAUGUCGGAUCUUGGGGGCCAGCCAUUAUUGGCCACGCAGACGAUGAGGUUCUUGCCGCCUUGUCUGAAACAAUGAAGAAAGGAACGAGCUUCGGCGCUCCAUGUCUCCUGGAAAACACUUUAGCCGAGAUGGUCAUUUCCGCCGUACCGAGUAUCGAAAUGGUUCGAUUCGUCAACUCCGGUACCGAAGCAUGCAUGGCCGUACUGCGACUAGCCCGCGCAUACACCGGGCGCGAAAAAGUCAUAAAAUUCGAAGGCUGCUACCACGGCCACGCCGACCCGUUCCUUGUCAAGGCCGGGAGCGGUGUCGCUACCCUCGGACUCCCCGACUCCCCCGGCGUUCCAAAGGCCGCUACUUACGAGACGUUGACUUCCCCGUACAACGACAUUUCAACCGUCGAAAGCCUCUUCAACGCAAAUAAAGGCGAAAUCGCGGCCAUCAUCCUCGAACCCGUCGUCGGUAACGCCGGCUUUAUCCAACCGACGCCCGAGUUUCUAACCGCUCUCCGAAGAUUAACCGAGGACAAUGACGCCCUCCUCAUUUUCGAUGAAGUUAUGACCGGAUUCCGUCUCUCCUACGGCGGCGCUCAAGAGUACUUCAAAAUAACUCCCGAUCUUACGACACUCGGGAAAAUCAUCGGCGGUGGACUCCCUGUCGGCGCAUACGGCGGAAGAAGAGAAAUCAUGGAAAUGGUCGCCCCCGCCGGGCCAAUGUACCAGGCCGGGACGUUAAGUGGAAACCCGUUGGCGAUGACUGCCGGGAUCCACACACUUAAAAGGUUGCAAGAACCCGGAACCUAUGAAUACCUCGACAAGAUCACCGGCGAACUUAUUCAGGGAAUUUUGGAGGCCGGAAAGAAGGCGGGCCAUGCGAUCUCGGGCGGGUAUAUAAAGGGGAUGUUCGGAUUCUUCUUUAUGGACGGACCGGUCUACAAUUUUGGUGAUGCGAAGAAGAGCGAUACGGCGAAAUUCGCCAAGUUUUACCAGGGAAUGCUGAGGGAAGGAGUGUAUUUUGCACCUUCUCAAUUCGAGGCCGGGUUCACUAGCUUGGCCCACUCGGCCGAGGACAUCCAGCAGACGGUAGCCGCGGCCGAGAAGGUUUUUUCGACAUUGUAAGGUAAUUGUUUUCUCCCUACUUUUUUGUAGUUUUGUGUGAUGAGGAAUUGUGUUGCUGCCUAUGUUGUUCAUUUGGUGUCGAAGCUGAUUUAAUGUUAUGUUCUAUGGCUAAAUAAUUUGCAAAUGUUGAGCUACUUUAUGAGUCUUGACUGUCCUUAGUAACAGCCUUCUCAUUGAA